AUGAGUUCAGGCAGUGGAGGUGUUGCCGCCGCCCAAUAUGUCGUGACUGUCAAUGCGCCAGCCGCGUUGGGUGCGGUGCCGGAUAACGUGAAUGAGAAGAGCCAUUGGCUGAGAGAUCAGGAAGGCAAAGGGGAACCGAAGGGUUUUGUAAAUCCAUGGGAGAGUUCUCAUGAUUUCUCUUUCCCCGAAAUAUUCAAGGCCAUGGUCCAUCACAAGUUCUUCUCUGGAAACAGCCAAAGGCCUGACACCACACCACCAACGGUCUCUGUCAUCAAACCCAAGUUCCUCCCAUCUAGAACAAGCUCGCAAGCUCUGCGUGCAAUAUGGUUAGGACAUGCAUGCUACUACAUUGAGUUUCCCACUGGCCUACGGGUUCUGUUUGAUCCCAUAUUUGAAGACCGCUGUUCGCCGAUCUCCUGGCUAGGCCACAAAAGAUUCACCCCCAAACCCUGUGAUAUCUCUGAUAUUCCAAUUAUUGAUUGUGUUAUCAUAAGCCACUCUCACUACGACCAUCUUUCUCACCCCACCAUCGUCGAAAUUCAAAAACGUCACCCUUCAGUUCAAUUCUGUGUCCCAAAGGGACUCAGAAGAUGGUUUGCAGAUUGCGGCAUUAAGAAUGCUGUCGAGUUCGACUGGUGGGAGGACGUUGACCUCAACUUGUCCAAAACAAGAGGCGAAAAACCUUCGUCAAGUUCCUCGACGUUUAGUCCGUCAAAAGAUGACAUUACGGCGAGAAUCUCUUGCCUUCCUUGCCAACAUACAUCUGCGCGUACUCCUUUUGAUAAAUCAACUACAUUAUGGGCUUCCUGGUCGGUUUCUUCUGGUGGCAAGUCUGUGUACUUUGCUGGUGACACCGGCUAUCGCGCCGUUCCAUACCUGCCUAAAGAAGUCGACGAUUGGGGCUCAGAUUUUGCUCAUCUGCCCGUCUGUCCCGCUUUCAAACAAAUUGGCGAACUUCGGGGUCCCUUUGACCUUGGAUUGAUUCCGAUCGGAGCAUAUAAGCCAAGGCAUGUUUUAAGUCCCGUGCAUUCGAAUCCGUAUGAUUCUGUUGAGAUUUUUAAGGAUACCAAGUGUAAAAAAGCCAUAGGAAUACACUGGGGGACGUGGGCGGUUGCAGAAGAGAGCGUGCUCGAGCCGCCACAAUUACUCAAGAGAGCGAUGGCCAAGAGUGGACUUGAUGAGACUGGAGUUUUCGAUGUUUGUGAUAUUGGCGAAAGUAGGGAGUUUUGA